AUGUUCCUUGGCAACUCAAAACAUCGUGAAGCUUUUCCGUCGCAAUUUUCGCACAUUCCUUUCGCGUUCGAGGAGGGAUUGAAUCACCAAUUAUCUAUCACUGAAUGUGGUCAGCGGCUAGAACGGCAGGACGAUCCAUCGUCAUGUCGCCUGCCCGACCAGCCCCGAGUCCGACUGAAUACACCAGAACUUAAUGACUACCUACGACUGGAAAUCCAGACGUCAGAGCUCGAUGCUUUCGCUCCAUACCUAUGGCUCCUUGCUACCCCAGCGCACACCAACAUUUCCACCUUGCAUCACCAAAUUGUUAAAGGCCGUCGAAUCGUGCUCACCGAAGAUCCACAAUUACAUCUCCUGUGGCUUCACAAUACCAUCUUUGUCAAACCAAUACCGCCUUUCCUCCUCUCCCACGCCUUCUGGAAGUUCUACCUCUCGCCAGAAACCUCCCUUUUGGAUCCUUCUGCGCGGCAAACAGUUUUCGCCGCUGCACGAGGCUUCCUCCGCUCUUAUGUGUAUCUCAUCAAAUACAAGAUCGACUUCGAUAUUGCGACUCGAACUGAGACCCGCUUGUUACCCGAAGGUAUUGAAUUUGAAGCCCUAGUGGAUUUCCUCCAAUAUUUUGCGGAGCUAGACGAUGGGCUGGUGAGCCCUCGCUACCACUUCGGAGAGAUCAGAUUCACGAGAUUAAAAUUCUGGAGCACAAUACUAAUGCGACGCAUCUCCUUCACGUUUUACGGGCAGUAUGCAGAUCAUUUCAGUCGCUUUUAUGCUCCACUGCUGUUCAUAUUUGGGGUUUUUACCGUGGUGUUGAGCGCAAUGCAGGUUGCUUUGGCUACAAACCCAAUGCCGCAUGCUUGGAACACUUUCAAUCUGGCUUGCCGGUGGUUUUCUGUCGUAACCAUUGUGUGCGUGGCGCUGAUGAUCGGGGGGUUGUUGCUGAAAUUGGGAAAGAUGGUGGGGGAUGAGGUGGUGUACAGUGUUCUGAAAGCGUUAAAACGAAGGAAAAUUUGA